GUUCUCGUGUUUUGAACUUGACGUGCUCGCGGCCACACGCUCCUGUUAACGACUCUAGUAACGUUACCUCACAAACCGAAACAUCCGAAGUGUGCGACUUUGUCAAAGUUCAACCAUAAAGCUAAAAGCGGACUAUUUUUUGUGACAGUCUUCAUUUGAUCGGUGAGGAUUAUCGAUCAGUUCGGAGUUUUGGACACAUGCGGUUCGCUUCGUCCGAGAUGUCAAUGUCUGUCUGUAUCUGAACCUCAAACUUUACAAGUCACGGACUCAUUUUCAAGCUCUUGCAGUAGGUGUGGAGCAUGUGGGCCAGCUGCUGCGGCUGGCUCUGUCUGGAUGACUCCACCGUGGACGACACCAGAAGCAGCACACGUCACCAGGCCUUCACCAACUCGGGCUUCAGCAGUUACCCAUCUCCUCUCGCUCCAGAACCAACAUGCAAGGCCUGUGGAGGUCGCUUCGACAGCCACACCAGAAAGCACGUGUGCAUGGACUGCAAGAAGAACUACUGCAGCCGCUGCUCCACGCAGCAGGAGCUCCAGCCGCGGAUGUGCCACACCUGCCAGCGUUUCCGGGGCAUCGUGUUUGAGCGCGCCGAGCUGAUGAAGCUCAAGGUGAAGGAUCUGAGAGACUACCUCCACCUGCACGAGAUCUCCACGCAGAUGUGCCGUGAGAAAGAGGAGCUGGUCGAGCUGGUUCUCGGCCAGCAGACGCCUACAUCUGACACACACAUUCCUCCACCCACAGUGACCACACAGGAGCCUAGCGCUCCAGUCAUAACCAUCAGCCCGUCGACCAACAACGGCACAACAGAACUGGGGCCUCAGACUCCAGCAACAGAAGAUGGACAGAGCUUGGCUGAGGCGACAGCUGAAAGCGAGAUGGAUGCUGAGCUGCAGGUGGAGCAGGAGUCACAGUCCUCAGACUCGGAGGAAGUGCUGGCUCCGGGGCGACGGGCGUCUCUCUCUGACCUCCGCUCAGUGGAGGACAUCGAGGAUCUGAGCGUCCGGCAGCUGAAGGAGAUCCUGGCCAGGAACUUCGUGGACUAUAAGGGCUGCUGUGAGAAAUGGGAGCUGAUGGAGAGAGUGACGCGUCUGUACCACGACCAGAAGGACCUGCAGAACAUGGUGUCUAAUGCCACAGAAGGUACAGACGCCGGACCUGGGCCGGCCGUGGAGGAGAACCUGUGUAAGAUCUGUAUGGACUCGCCCAUCGACUGUGUUCUUCUGGAGUGCGGACACAUGGUCACGUGCACAAAGUGCGGCAAGCGCAUGAGCGAGUGUCCGAUCUGCCGGCAGUACGUGGUGCGAGCUGUGCACGUGUUCAGAUCCUGAACCACAGGACCCAUCACCGCUGUCUCACAGGAUACUGUAGAGAGCUUUCAGGUGGCCUUUCAUACUCGCACAAUUCUCUUGCGGCACUUUAAACGAUCGCGCAUAAGAUAUGCAGAUUUCUGAGCAAUAACUACUGGAUUCAGUUUCAGAUUUGAUUCUUCAAAGUGUGCCUUCUAGAUGUUUUAAAGAGGAAGCUUUAUUUUUGAUCAUGGGAUUAUGUCACAUGUUUGUUGACACAAUUCAGCGCAACAUAAAUGCCUGUUUCUGCCAUUUCCCACAUUAGUAAACAAUGAAAGGAUUGUAUGAUCACACACAGACGGCAUCUUCUGGAAGUGCCCCACAAUGCACUGCCCUGGUGCUCGUCACACACCUGAUUCAGUUCUCAUUCCCCUUUCUUUUUAAACCCCAAAUGCUGGAUCUUGGGUUAGCUCUACACCAUCAUCCAGACUGACGCUGUGAAAUGUACAGGAAUGAGACUUGCCAAACAAGUCUCGUCAGAUCUCGAGUCUGUUGAUUCAUCUCACAUGAGCGAAUGCAGAUCAUCUAGAGAGACAAAGGUGUGGUCUUCAUUACAACUUGAUCAAUCUCAUGAAGACUGUGUCCCAAUCAAAAACGACUGUCAAGAAAAUGUUUUAAUGCAGAACAACCAGAAUGAUCCAACAGAUGAACUUCAGUUUUCAGUUUUUUCGGUGUGAGGUAUACGUAGCCCCACACAUGAUAUGCAAGGAAAAUAAUGUGUACGUUUUAUGCAUUUAUUUCAGUGUGGCCACAUACUAAUUCAUUACUGUGUUUUGACCAUGUUGUACUUAAUCGUUUCCUCUUCCUAGUAAAUUGUGGUCAUGUUGUACUCAUUUGUUCCCUUAUUUUAGUCCAUUUUACUACUACAUUUGUUUUUUGUUUUUAAUUAAACAGUUCUAAAUUUUAGCACAAAUUCAUUCCCUCGUUUUAUUUAAUUGUAGCCACAUCAUGCUAAUUAAUUCUCAUUUUAGUAAAUUUUAGGACCAUUAGUUCUCGUUUAAAUAAAUUGUAGCGACAUUGUACCACUUUUUAGUAAAUUGCACGUAAUCGUGCAACAAGCAUGUAUUAAUUCGUCAACUCUUUUUAGUCAAAUCUGACUGUUUCUAAAUUAUCUUUUUAGUAAAUAAUGGUCAUGUUGUAGUUAUUUGUUCCCUUUUCUAGUCUUUUGUGGCCACGUUGCCUCUUUUAUUAAAUCGUGCCAAUGUCAUACUAAUUAAUUGGCUUAUUUUAGUAAUUUGUGACAUACUAAUUGGUUCCCUCAUUUGAGUGCUAAUUUGUUAUUUUGCGACCUUGUUCUUCAUUUGUGGCCACAGUGAAUAUGAUCUUGUCCACAUAUCAUGUGUGGGGCUCCACAGAAGUAUGGGACUGCUUUUAUGGGAAUUUCAUAUACAGCUGCCUCUCGGUCCGAAGCCCUUCCUGAUGGAUGGUUUUGAUUAUGAAUAUCUGAUCUGAUCUGGUUUAGGCAGAGGCCUCCUCCGUGCUGUUGGCUCAUUGCGUGUGCUCUCUGGCAGGACAGUCAUUCGCUCCCUCGGCAGCAGCGGGACUCAGUGCUGUGAAUGAUCAGUGGAGGUGUUGUUUCAGCACGGUCUGCGCUAGAUUUCUUCCAUUAGCAGCACUUUAGACUGAUCUGGGGAGGAGAUAUCAGGUGAACAUGCUUCAACACUUCACCAGUGCCUCGCAGGUCACAGGACGAGUGAAGGCCUGCCUCCCUUCCCUCCAGCUAUUCAGAUUCAGUUAGCAUCGACUAGUGCUAUCUUUAGGCCGCGUGGAUGAGCAGGAAUGUUAGUGUUCACUGGCACCACUUUUUUUUUAAUCAGUACCUUACAUGAAAAAUUCACUUAAAAACAAUCGUUUUGACAUUUACUCACCCUAAUGUCAUUCCAGUCACAUAUUCUCUCUAUUAUAUACUGUUAGUCUCCACAGAAAAAUUAAAUUAUAAAACGGGUGCCAUUAGAUGCCUUGCAGCAGGAUUGACGUCUUUAAGUCAUGUUUUGUGACCAGUAACGUAUGGGAAAUGGUAAAAUAUGUGACUGCUAAUGGGAUUUUAAAGCUGAGGCCGAAGGGAUUUGGAAGACUUGGAAUAUAGCAUACAAAUCAGAUCGACUAUUACAAUAAAUGUAUGAUGCAUUUGUGUUUUUUUUGUAGAGCUUGGUAGUUUAAAUCACCAUCCAAGCUUUCUGUUUAGAAGCUUGAACAUCGUCGUAAUAUCUCCUUUUGGUUUUUAAAUGAAGAAAAUAAUACAGGUUUGAAAAGUUAAGGUGAAUAUUUAUAUUUUUUUCAGGGUUGCCUUAAGAGCUUUUCUGUAACGGGAAUCUCUUUCCCAAAGAGAAAACUUUUAUAACUAUAAAUGGUAAUAAAUGAAACAAUUCAAGUGGGACUCUAAAAAAGAUUCUGCGUUCAAAUCUCAAAGACUUUGUGUGACUUAAACUUGAUUUUAUCACUGUGAAAUAUGAGCAUUUCUUUGGUAGUCAUGCAAAGGAUGAUCAAUGUUGUCAUGUCCUGUUCAAGUUAAUGAUGUUGUAAAUAUAAAGAGGGAACACUUGUAUUUUCAAUACAGAUGUUUGUGUGGAAUGGUGUGAAAUUAACAGCCUUAAUUUCGUAAUAACUGAUAAGAUGUAUUUUAAAACUUAUAAAAACCACCAAAGUAGAUGUUGUGUAUGUUGUUAAAGAUUUGUUUAUAUUAAAACACACUUCCAGCA